AUGACGACCGCACUCCGGGCCGUGUGGCUGUCUGCCGAGUCCAACUUCCAGGGCAGCUUGCCAGAGGCGCGGUGUGGACACGUGGCCGCGAGCAUCAAGAACCACGCCGCCUGGGGUGACGAGUUCAUCAUCAUCCAUGGCGGCAUCAACCGGGAGCGGGAGGCUCUGGACUCGCUGGCCGUGCUGGGUCUGGACCAGGGCAGCUGGAACUCGCCCUCCAACCCCACCGGCCCCGGCCCCUCCGCCCGCGCCUUUCACGCCGGCGCGGUGCUGGGGCGCCGGCUCUACGUCUUCGGCGGACACGUGUACGUCAAGCAGCAGGCGCGGCUGCACGCCUUCAACGACCUCUGGUGCCUGGACACCGACACGUGGGAGUGGGCCAGGCUGGAGACCGAGGCGGAGGCGCCGACGCCCUGCCCCCGCGACCGCGCCUGCCUCGUGGCCUCCCUGGACGGCAGCUCGCUGCUGCUCUACGGCGGCGCAGACGCGUCCAACCGUCGGCUGGACGACCUCUGGCGCUACGACAUCGCCGCACGCGCAUGGGCCGAGGUGGGUGCCGCCGGAGGGGCCCGGCCGCGGCCGCGCUGCUCGGCCACGCUGUGCGCACUGCCCAACAGGCUGCUGCUGUUUGGGGGUGACAACUACGGCGUCAGCGGCGAGCUCUGGAGCCUGAAUGUGGUGGUGGAGCGCGCCGGCGCCGCUGUGAAAACGUCAAGGGAGGGCCCCGGCGGGGAUGGGAAGCCAGCCACCGGGCCUGCCCCCCCUGCGACGGCCUCCUGGACGCUGCUCUCCCUGGAAGGCGCCGUGCCCCUGCCCAGGAGAGGCCACGCAGCCGCCGCCUCGGGGAGAGGCUUCCUCGUGUCUGGCGGCUUCACCGAGCACCGCUCGCUCAUCGGCAUCAAGAGCCGCGGCGUCUGCCUCGACGACGUCUCGAUGCUGGACCGGGAGGCGGAGUCGCUGGUGUGGAGGGCCGCGGUGCCGGGGUCAAACGACGCCGCCACGCCCUGCGCGCGGGAGAAGCACUCGCUCACUGCCGUGUCCGACGGCCGCCUGCUCCUGUUUGGAGCGGGGCUGGCCUACCUCCCCGCCGUCCCCCUGGGCCUCACCUCGGCCUUCUCCAGCCUCAGGGACAGGCUGGGCCUACCUGCCACCGCCCCCGCCGCCGACCUGCUACCCCUGGGUGUGCUGGCCAGCGAAUUUGACCCAGCCCUGCUGGCUCUAGGCCAGCGGGUUCUCGACCUGCCCAGCGGCACAGAAGGAGAUCGGGGCCGGGCAGUGCAGGCGGCACGCUCCUUCCUGGCCUCGUGCUCGCACGAGGAGCUGCGGGGGGACGUGGGCGCGCUGGUGGCCGACUACCGGCGCCUGGCCAGGGCGGGGUUUUGCGGCUGCGCUCAGAGAGCGGCCCGGGGACGCCGCGGACCUGUCCCGCAUGCCGGGUCGGUUCAUGCACCUCCGGGCUGA